AUGCUCUUCCUGACUGAACACCCCCAAGCUGAGGCCGAUCAGAACUGCUUUGUGGCCACUCUGGACAACAGUAGGAGUUUCUCCACUAUUCUAAAAGCUAUUCAUUUCCUAGACCACGCCACACGUUUCACUACUAAACAUGGACUCAAGGUUACUGUGGAAAAUGUGCCGUGUGUGCAAGCCAAUGCUUUUAUUCAGGCUGAAGUAGUUCAGGAGUUUCUGGUUCAGGGAGAGCCUAUUGUAUUUCAAGCUAAUUUAACUGUUCUCUUAUAUUGUUUAUCUAUUUUUGGAUCAAAUCCCAUGCUAGGGACUUUAACUACACUUCAGAUGUAUUACCAAGUAUAUGGUCACCCUUUGAUGCUAUUUCUAGAAGAAGGAAGAAUGGUGACAGUGUGCAAAAUCAAUACUCAGGAGCCCAAGGAAACUUUGGAUUUUGCUUUUGAGGAUGCCAAUGGCAUCAGUAAAAUCAUUCUGCUGUCAGAGGGACUAUGUGAAGAAUUUUCUGAACUAGAUAUGAUGAGUGAGGUCCUCCAGAUUACCGUAUCUCCUGAUCAGUCCUAUUGCAGGUUAUCUUCUUUUGGAAAUGCAGGGAGCUCCCACCUUCACUAUCUUAAAGAUUGUGAUUUGAUGGAAACAUUUCAGUGUAAUCAGACCCAAGUCAACAGGUACAAGCUUUCCUUACUGAAGCCCUCUACAACGGCACUGGUUUUAUCAUGUAAAGUAUCCAUCAGGACAGAUGACCGAGAAUUCCUCUCAUUACAGUAG